GCCGCCCACAGGAGGUUCUUUUCGGUUUUUCUCCAGUACCGAAACGAGUUCCCUGGCCCUUCAGCGAGCAGCUGCGCGAUCUUUCAUUAUGGCAAAUACUAAAGUUUACUUCGAUAUCGCCGUGGACAACAACCCUAUUGGCCGUCUUGUUAUGGAGUUGAGACCUGACGUUGUCCCGAAGACUGCAGAAAACUUCCGUCAAUUGUGCACUGGUGAGAAAGGAUUUGGCUACAAGGGAUCCACCUUCCACAGGAUCAUCCCAAACUUCAUGUGCCAGGGAGGAGACUUCACUCAUCACAAUGGCACCGGUGGAAAGUCAGUCUAUGGAGCCAAGUUCGCCGAUGAGAACUUCCACCUGAAGCACACUGGAGCUGGUAUCCUGUCUAUGGCAAAUGCUGGACCUAACACAAACGGUUCCCAGUUCUUUAUCUGCACUGCUAAAACUGAAUGGCUGGAUGGGAAGCACGUGGUGUUCGGCAAAGUCAUCGAGGGCCUCGAUAUUGUAAAGAAAAUGGAGGCAUGCGGCCAUAACAGUGGGAAGACAUCCAAGAAAGUCACCAUUUCUGACUGUGGUCAGCUUUAGAGAACUCGUCACUUGUCUUAACAUUACAAGCAUUCCUUUACUCCCCUUGACUGCUUCGGAUCCAUUUGAUUAUAAAAUGAGGCUUUAUGGACUGCUGGAGCAUAACAUUACACACUGUAACAUCUUUUGUUUUUUGUUCAUUUUCCAUAAGUUCUGUGGUCUGCAGGACAUGAUCAGAGAUUAAAUAAAAAAAACAGUAAUGAA